CGCGCGGGAGCAGCCGGCACCGCCGAGCGCGGCGGCAGCGGGCGGGAGAAGCCGCCGGCACCGGCAGAGCCGCGCCCCGGGCCCCGCCAGCGGCCGCCCCGCCUGGCCCCGGGGGCGGCGGGCCCGGCACGGCCCGGCCAUGCUCGGCCUGGACGUGUGCGAGGCCGGCGGGCAGCUGCUGGAGCUGCUCUGGCUGGCGCUGUGCUACCGAGACAUCAUGGCUGACAAGGAGGGGGUGACGCUAUCGCUGGAGGAGGAGGAGGAGGAUGCCGACGUGGCCCUGGCGUACAAGACACCGGAGAAGAAGAGCCUGCAGGAGAUCCAGGAGCUGGACCCAGGGGAUGAGAGCCUGCGGAAGUACAAGCAGGCGCUGCUGGGUGCCAUCCCCGCCGCCGUGGAUGCCAGCGUGCCCAACGUGCAGGUGACAAGGCUGACACUGAUGUGUGAGCAGGCGCCAGGGCCCAUCACCAUGGACCUGACAGGAGACCUGGAGGAGCUGAGAGGCCGGGCCUUUGUGCUGAAGGAAGGGGUGGACUACAGGGUGAAGGUGUCCUUCAAGGUGAACAGGGAGAUCGUCUGCGGGCUGCGGUGCCUGCACCUCACCUACCGCCGGGGCCGGCCCGUGGAUCGCGACGUUUUCAUGGUGGGCAGCUACGCGCCGCGGGCCGAGGAGUACGAGGUGGUGACGCCGGCGGAGGAGGCGCCGCGGGGAUGGUUGGCACGGGGCUCCUACCGCGUCCGCUCGCUCGUCACCGACGACGACAAGACGGAGCACCUCUCCUGGGAGUGGGGCCUCUGCAUAAAGAAGGCUUGGGAGGACUGACCCCGGCCCCGCACCCCGGCUCCCCCCGCCAGCUCGGGGGCGAGGUGCCGCCACCCCGGGGACCCCCGGCCGGCACCGCCGCGCUUGCCCCAGUCGCGUGAAGGGUUAAGGGGGGUCCCUUAGCGAGUGAGAGAGCCCGUGG